CGGGAGGGCGACGCGGGCUCGGCAGGCAGACGGGCGAGAGGACCGGCGCGGCCGGCGACGAGCAAAAGGAGGGGACCGCCUGCUGGGGAUGUGACCUCGCGGCCAGAGUGGACUCGCGCUAGCCCACCCGGCGGACCCCGUGAGGCAUCCGCAGGGCCUGCCCCUGGACCCCUGGCCCUUGGCCUGUCCUGGCCAUGGCGCUGUGCCUGAAGCAGGUGUUCGCCAAAGACAAGACGUUCAGGCCGCGGAAGCGCUUCGAGCCGGGCACACAGCGCUUUGAGCUGUAUAAGAAGGCGCAGGCGUCACUCAAGUCGGGUCUGGACCUGCGCAGUGUGGUGAGGCUGCCACCGGGCGAGAACAUCGACGACUGGAUCGCCGUGCAUGUGGUGGACUUCUUCAACCGCAUCAACCUCAUCUACGGUACCAUGGCCGAGCGCUGCAGCGAGACCAGCUGCCCGGUCAUGGCCGGCGGGCCCCGCUACGAGUACCGCUGGCAGGACGAGCGCCAGUACCGGCGGCCGGCCAAGCUCUCGGCGCCUCGCUACAUGGCAUUGCUCAUGGACUGGAUUGAGGGCCUCAUCAACGACGAGGAUGUCUUUCCCACGCGCGUGGGAGUUCCCUUCCCCAAGAACUUCCAGCAGGUCUGCACCAAGAUCCUGACCCGCCUCUUCCGUGUCUUUGUGCAUGUCUACAUCCACCACUUCGACAGCAUUCUCAGCAUGGGGGCUGAGGCGCACGUCAACACCUGUUACAAGCACUUCUAUUACUUCAUCCGUGAGUUCAGCCUGGUGGACCAGCGGGAGCUGGAGCCACUGAGGGAGAUGACAGAGCGGAUCUGUCACUGAGCCCAGACCUGGACCUUGUUGCCCAUCAGAUGGACCAUCUGAACACAGAGUGGCCAGGGAGGGGACCCUCAGAAGUCUGGUAGCAGAGGGACCUGAAGGCCCUGGGG